GACCUGCGGUGAUCUCAGAGCAAGGGUUGCCACGACCACCCAGAACCAGCCAUGAACGCCCACCCCAAGGAGACAGUGCCUCUCAUGGGCAAGAGAGUUGCCGCCCCCAGUGGGAACCCUGCCAUCCUGCCAGAGAAGAGGGCGGCGGAGAUCACCCCCACAAAGAAGAGUGCACACUUCUUCCUGGAGAUAGAAGGGUUUGACCCCAACCCUACGGUUGCCAAGACCUCUCCCCCUGUCUUCUCCAAGCCCAUGGAUUCCAACAUCCGGCAGUGCAUCUCUGGCAACUGUGAUGACAUGGACUCCCCCCAGUCUCCUCAGGAUGAUGCGACAGAGACCCCAUCCAAUCCCAACAGCCCCGGUGCACACCUGGCCAAGGAAGAGCAGAGGAGGAAAAAGAGGCGGCUGAAGAAGCGCAUCUUUGCAGCUGUGUCUGAGGGCUGCGUGGAGGAGCUGGUGGAGCUGCUGGUGGAGCUGCAGGAGCUUUGCAGGCGGCGCCGUGACGAGGAUGUGCCUGACUUCCUCAUGCACAAGUUGACGGCCUCCGACACGGGGAAGACCUGCCUGAUGAAGGCCUUGUUAAACAUCAACCCCAACACCAAGGAGAUCGUGCGGGUCCUGCUUGCCUUUGCCGAAGAGAACGAUAUCUUGGGCAGGUUCAUCAAUGCCGAGUACACGGAGGAGGCCUACGAAGGACAGACGGCGCUGAACAUCGCCAUCGAGCGGCGCCAAGGGGACAUCGCGGCCGUGCUCAUCGCCGCCGGCGCCGACGUCAACGCCCACGCCAAGGGGGCCUUCUUCAACCCCAAGUACCAACACGAAGGCUUCUACUUCGGUGAGACGCCCCUGGCCCUGGCAGCCUGCACCAACCAGCCCGAGAUUGUGCAGCUGCUGAUGGACCACGAGCAGAUGGACAUCACCUCGCAGGACUCUCAGGGCAACAACAUCCUCCACGCCCUGGUGACGGUGGCUGAGGACUUCAAGACGCAGAACGACUUUGUGAAGCGCAUGUACGACAUGAUCCUGCUGCGGAGUGGCAACUGGGAGCUGGAGACCACUCGCAACAACGAUGGCCUCACGCCGCUGCAGCUGGCCGCCAAGUUGGGCAAGGCCGAGAUCCUGAAGUACAUCCUCAGUCGUGAGAUCAAGGAGAAGCGGCUCCGGAGCCUGUCCAGGAAGUUCACUGACUGGGCAUACGGACCCGUGUCGUCCUCCCUCUACGACCUCACCAACGUGGAUACCACCACGGACAACUCCGUGCUGGAAAUCACCGUCUACAACACCAACAUCGACAACCGGCAUGAGAUGCUGACCCUGGAGCCGCUGCACACGCUGCUGCGGAUGAAGUGGAAGAAAUUUGCCAAGUACAUGUUCUUUCUGUCCUUCUGCUUUUAUUUCUUCUACAACAUCACCCUGACCCUUGUCUCGUACUACCGCCCCCGGGAGGAGGAGACCUUCCCGCACCCCUUGGCCCUGACGCACAAGAUGGGGUGGCUGCAGCUCCUCGGGAGGAUGUUCGUACUCAUCUGGGCCACGUGCAUCUCUGUGAAAGAGGGCAUUGCCAUCUUCCUGCUGAGACCCUCGGAUCUGCAGUCUAUCCUCUCGGAUGCCUGGUUUCACUUUGUCUUUUUUAUCCAAGCUGUGCUUGUGAUACUGUCUGUCUUCUUGUACUUGUUUGCCUACAAAGAGUACCUCGCCUGCCUUGUGCUGGCCAUGGCCCUGGGCUGGGCGAACAUGCUCUACUACACAAGGGGGUUCCAGUCCAUGGGCAUGUACAGCGUCAUGAUCCAGAAGGUCAUUUUGCAUGAUGUUUUGAAGUUCUUGUUCGUAUAUAUCGUUUUUUUGCUUGGAUUUGGAGUAGCCCUGGCCUCACUGAUCGAGAAGUGUCCCAAAGACAAUAAGGACUGCAGCUCCUAUGGCAGCUUCAGCGACGCGGUGCUGGAACUCUUCAAGCUCACCAUCGGCCUGGGUGACCUGAACAUCCAGCAGAACUCCAAGUAUCCCAUUCUCUUUCUGUUCCUGCUCAUCACCUACGUCAUCCUCACCUUCGUUCUGCUCCUCAACAUGCUCAUUGCCCUGAUGGGCGAGACUGUGGAGAACGUCUCCAAGGAGAGUGAGCGUAUCUGGCGCCUGCAGAGAGCCAGGACCAUCUUGGAGUUUGAGAAAAUGUUACCAGAAUGGCUGAGGAGCAGAUUCCGGAUGGGAGAGCUGUGCAGAGUGGCUGAGGAGGAUUUCCGACUGUGUUUGCGGAUCAAUGAGGUGAAGUGGACUGAAUGGAAGACGCACGUCUCCUUCCUUAACGAAGACCCGGGGCCUGUAAGACGAACAGAUUUCAACAAAAUCCAAGAUUCUUCCAGGAACAACAGCAAAACCACUCUCAAUGCAUUUGAAGAAAUAGAGGAUUUCCCGGAAACGUCGGUGUAGAAGCGGAUCCGGAGCUGGUGUGCGCGUGCGCUGUCUGGCGCUGCAGGCGGAGUCACGGCCUCUGCGGAGAGGCUUUGAGGGAUGGUGGAGUUCGGCUCUGCUGGUCUCGAAGCAGAGUGCACCCUCAUGCUCAGUGUUCAGUGGGUGUCUGAACUGAGGGGUAGUUGUCAGUUUGUCUGAGUGGGAAACAUCCUGGAUUUUGUUACUUGGCAAAGAGUUGGUGUAAACCUACAGCCAGCAGCAGUCUGGAGCCUGGGAGCCUCCUGAAGUCCUGGGUGAAGCCUCUGGUUUUACCAAUUGCAGGUCGGCUUGGCUGGGAGAGAUGGGUGGCGGGGAAGGGGCAGGAGCCUUGAGGAGCAGGGAGAGGCGUCUUUCCUCCUGCCAGCUCCAACCCCAGCCCACACAUUGUACCGUCUCUCCUGCUGUGACUGGGUUGCCUGAAUUUGGGGAGACCCUUGAUCCCAUCCCAGAGUGUGCGGGGGACGGAGGUAAGCCGGAUAUCCUGGGGGAGGAAGGGAGUGAGCUCUGGAAACAUCCUUCCGGAACCCUUCAGGGAAAAGGAGACCAUCCUUGGAGUGAACCUCCCUUGACGCCCCAAAGUUCACACUGUCUCAAGCUGAGAGAGGUUUUUGGUAGCAUAAGUAACACAGGGUUUUAAUUUUCAAUAUGGAAAAGACAUUUCAGUUAAGAAUGAAAAUUACUACAAUGAAGUACGUGAUUUUAAAAGUGGAGACAGAUUGGGAGCUUUGGGGCUGGAUGUAAGUAUUAUAUAUUUGGCCUCAGGGUGCCCAGAGCCAGACAAAAAGCUUUUCUUCACACACA